AGAAAGGUAGUUGUGCCAGCGCGUGUUGGUCAUAGCUGUACACAAUGCAGGGUACAAAGGUUGUUACGUAAAUAAACUUGAACUCCUGGACCGCGACGUGCGUUAUUUCUACAUCGAGAGAGUCACGAAGGAUUAUGCCUGAGAAGCUUUCGGUGUUUUGCAGCGUUCUUACAAGGAGCACAGGCUUGUUCAUAUGUGAGAGCAGUCAUGACAUAUUGGGGAUCAAGAUUUCGCCAGCUUAGUCGGCUGAUGUUCGUUGGUAUUGUACUUCUUUCCCCCAAAGGUCUCGCCUUAGUUCUUAUUGGCAAGCCAGCCAGUCAGAGUUUUUACAACGAUCCCAACACUUCACCGGACAAAGCAAUAGAUGGAGAUGUCAACACAGUUCAACACACAUUAAGAUGCGCUGGAGAGCAGUGGUGGAUGGUAGAUCUCCAAGCAAUCUACUGCUUGACGAAAAUCACUAUAGUCAGUAGACGAGACUGCUGUGGGUGGAGGUUGGCAGAUGCUGUAGUACGAGCCGGUUUGAACGCAUCAGAUUUCUCACAGAACACAAGGAUAGGAUCAGUCUCCUCGAGUCAAGCUACCACUGGAGCAGUGAUUGAUUUCAUGGUAGACCCAGUCGUGUCCGCUCGAUACGUCAGUGUGCAACUGAAUGGGAAUGGUAUCAGAAAUAAGUGCCUUCAUAUGGCUGAAGUCAGAGUUGAAGAAAUCCAAGACAGUGAGGAUACAUCCAGUGUCGCAGGAAGAGUGGAUGUUACUCUGGUUGCCAGUCCUGCUGUUCUUGGCCCCACCGGCAACAAUGGUUCUACCUUAGCAGCGUACAAAAGUCCCACUGAUAUCGCAGCUGCAGUCUCCUUUGGCCGUCAACUGACAACAGGAGGGAGCAAUGACCAUCUACCUACAGGAGCUGUUGGAUUUUACGAUGCCAGUUUGGGAUGUAAAGCCAGGUUGCUUAGCUUACCAGAAGCAGGCGGGAUUGAUAGAACAGGCGUCUUCUACAGUACUGCAAAUAGAAAUGGCGUGAUGACCAAGAUACGAAGCAUCAUUCUACCCACAGAUGAUAUUAUUCACACAAGUCCACUUCAGCGAACGCAGACAGUAAGUACUGGCGAGUCAAUCAUACUGCAGAUGGAAGACGUGAACUCACCCAACACCAACUACAGAUGGAAGCGUAACGGAAUCGACAUGCCGAUUUGGGACGGCAUGCUGAGCGUGUCCAUUGUGAGCGUAACCCAGGCUGACGAGGGAAUAUACAGCUGCUUCGCUGAUGGUCAAGAGAAUCAACAACGACAUGGAUUCAUGAGACUCAUCGUAAGAGAAUGCACUGACGGCACGUGGGGCCCACCGUCAUGUGAAUCUGUCUGUCGUCGAUGUUACAACGGAGGUAUCUGCGAAGACCUAACGGGAAGGUGCGUUUGUGGUCCAGGAUUUAGCGGAGAACACUGCGAGAACGUUCAUGGGCGUCACGUGUUUGGCCAGGAUGCCGGUCACACCUGCUCUGACAGCCCUGACCCACACCACGAUGCUUGCCGGGGUCGUUUGUUCUGUCUUCCUGACCCGUACGGAUGUUCCUGUGCUGCUGGGUAUACCGGAAUGGACUGCAUGCAGGAGUGCAAAGACGGAACAUACGGAGCUAGCUGCAAGCAGACAUGUCACUGUUCACCAGGAGAUACGUGUGAGAAGGAUUCGGGAGAGUGUUCGGGAAAUUGUGUUACUUCAUAUUUUGGAAGAAACUGCCAGUGUUCAGCUGAGAAUAUCGUUUUGGGUUUGAAAGUGAUUCCAAACGACCCACGUGCGCUGUUUGUCUCCUGGCAACCAGAUCCCUGUGUCUCCGGCUACAAACUGGAGUAUGCAUUGACAAACAGAGGGCAGUGUGAAAAGAUCGAAUCUCCGCAGCGGGUAGUGUUUCCGAAUACACUCGAUGCAGAGACUACUAGUCAGGUCAUAAUUGGUCUAGAGGAUCACUCAACCUAUAUGGUUUAUAUUCUCCCACAAUAUAGUAGCACACAAGGGCCUGAGGUGUCAACAUCUGGAACCACGCUAAGACAAACGAAUCUCUCCGUUUCGCCUGUGAGGAUUACUUCUUACGAUUCCGUCAGUGUAACACUCAGCUGGCGUGAAGUGAAUUGUGCCACUUACUCUGUGGAGUACGGUUUGGGUGACAGAGACCAUUGCGAACCCUUCAGCCCAGUUACCUAUUCACUGCAUUGCAUGUGUACGGGAACGAACGUGACAGUAAUAUCUGGUCUGACGGCUAACUCGAUGUACAAGGUACGAGUCAGGGCUUCUUUGGAUGGAAAUUACGGACUAGCAGAAGAAGCAGACGUUGUAACUGGCCCCAGAGAACCGUCUGAACCGCCGGCACAAGUCGCCGUUACUUUAACAGCUCAGCGCAGCCUGAGUUUUUCCUGGAGCCAGCCACCGUGUGGGGGACGAGGUGGCGUCAUCAUUGGUUACACAUACCGGCUAACUGAAGAUGAAUCAAACGCUCAAGUACGACUGUCUGUGGUUUCAAAAGAGUCGGCGACCGUUGAUGAUUUAACUCCUUACACCAAAUACAGUUUUCAGGUCUUAGCCUACACCAGUGUAGGAGAUGGACCGUACAGCAUUGGCCUGAUUGCUGGUACUCUAGAAGCAGAGCCUACGGUUCCUCUAAAUGUCGCCAUUCAGAAUGUGGACGAGUUUUCUAUCACAGUCAAGUGGUCAAAGCCCAACCCUCCACAAGGAAUCAUCACCCAUUACAACGUUCGUUACUGGAGGAGUGGACAGACAGGAAGCCAGAUGGUUGAUCGUAACUUACAGCCACUGAUGUACCUCAUCACGGGUCUUGAAAAGAAUGUUACUUACUUUAUGCAGGUACAAGCUGAGACGUUAGUUGGUGCAGGACCUUGGAGUAAUGCAGUGAACGCAACGACCCGAAUUGGAGUGCCUGGUCUGGUCCGGAAUCUUCGAUGGACUGACAGAACCAAUUCAAAAGUCACCUUGGAGUGGGAACCACCAAUAAGCCCUAAUGGACAAAUCCAAAACUACGUGGCUGAAUACAGAGUCUUAGAGAAACCUUAUCAACCAGAUUUUACCCCUGCUGAUGAAUACAUCAGGAAGGAAGUGCCGAGGGCUUCAUUCCGGACAGAAAAUCUAGAACCUGGAACAAAGUAUGAGUUCAGAGUGUCUGUUGAGAAUGAGUUGUUUAUUGGACCCGGCCAAAUUUUGGAGGUUUAUACCAAACCAUCCUCAGUUCUCCCUGCACCACCGCAACCGAUAUCAUACCCAGACGAUGCCACAGACACUACGGCCAUUAUUGGUAUAAUUCGGGCGGUACCUGGAGACGAAUUCAUCGAAUCGUACGUUGUUCAAGUUAAGAAAGCUAGGUCUUCACCUGUGACUAAGAGGGAUGUUCUCAUUCCAAAACAUUUCCAAGAUUCCCCGGAUGACUACAUUGCGGCUGAAUUUCCCAAAGGGGGCGUGCCCGAUAGAUUUGUUGUGGGGGACGCCAAACUGUACGGUGGCUACUACAACGCACCGCUACAGAGGGGCGCUGUGUACAACAUUCGUGUUGGAUCAGUCAGCAGGGGCAACGAGACGGAAGCCAAUGUGGAACAUUCAGAACCACUGACCGUCAGAGUUCAACAAGCCAAUUCGGGACCAACUACCACUGCUGUUGCACUAGGAGUCAUCGUGUGUGUCCUAGUGGUGUUUAUUGUGACCAUCCUCAUCGUGUGGAAAAGACGGAAAGCACGUUUCCGGGCCCCUGAAAAUGUCCAAGUGGCUCUUACUCCCAAACCUAAGGAAAUUGACACACCGACUGUGGACAUUGACAAUGCGGGCAACAGCGACAAAGACGACUAUGAAGAUAUCGGACUUCUUCCAAGUUGGGCGUCUGCCUAUGAAAUCAGAUGGGAGGAUUUUAUCGUAGAAGAUGUGAUUCUUGGAACUGGCAACUUUGGUGAGGUGCGUGCAGGGGGAGUCAAGAUGGACGGCAAAGUCAUUAAAGCAGCAAUCAAAACACUGAAAGAGACUGCCCCCGAAACUGCCUGGGAAGAUUUCAAAAAGGAACUUCAGACAAUGACGAAGAUCAAGCCACACCCUAAUGUGGUUGGUCUACUUGGCGCAUGCUUCCAACAAGGGGUUCUGUACAUGGCACUCGAGUAUCUUCCUACUGGAAACCUGCGGGAUUACCUUAGGAACACCAGACCAAAUCAAGGGGCAGCUAACUCUAAAAAGCGGAUGUCAACGCUGACUUCGGAAAACCUUCUGAAAUUUGGCCUGGACGUUGCCAAGGGAAUGGAGCACCUAUCGGUGACUGGGAUAAUUCACCGCGACUUGGCUGCAAGGAACAUACUGCUUUCUGACGACAUGACCGCUAAAGUUUCCGAUUUUGGCCUUUCAAGAGGACAAGACGUCUAUGUUCAAAACUCUUCGACCAGGAUUCCCGUUCGCUGGUUGGCCCUGGAGUCUUUGACACUUAGAGUGUACAAGUCCAAGAGUGAUGUGUGGUCCUUUGGCAUCCUACUCUGGGAGAUCGUGACGCACGGCUCCACUCCGUACCCCGGGAUUGAGAGCAAGUCACUUGCCCAAAUACUGUUAGAUGGAUACCGCAUGCCCAAACCGGAAAACUGCGCCGAUGAUAUCUACGACGUGAUGUUGAGUUGCUGGCAGGAAGAACCGAGUAAUCGACCAAGCUUCGGAAAACUGGUCCAGAUUCUAGAGGAAAUGACUUUUGGAUCGGACGCAAACCUUUACGUGUCUUCGACUGUCUACGAGAACUUUGUCAUCAAGCAGGAGUUAGACGAUGCCUAAUGGAGGUUUCAUGGAGGUGAUACCGGUAAUGAAGUGCCUAAAAGAUUUUCCCACCUUUGAAAUCGCGUGUGACUGUGCUCUAUGAACUAAUUUGAUGAUGUCAGCAAGUGUUUCUGCAAUGAUUAUUUACAAUAACUGUUUGCUUUACAACUCUUUGAUGCCUCUGCGAUCAACCUUUUAAUCGAGAUAAAAGAUAUCUAGAGAAUCAAGAUAUGAAAAGUAUUUCUCAGUGGCUCUGUAAUAACAGACUUUGUCUGAAUGCCAGCAAAUCCAAUUGUAUGCUGAUUGGCUCAGCCCAAAGGCUUGCCAGAAAUGGACAACAUAAUAUUAAUGUAAAUGUCAAUAAUGUUGAGCAGGUUUCAUGUUUAAGGUAUCUGGGAUAUACAUCAAUUGUAAUUUAAAAUGGACCCAUCACAUUGACCAUAUUAUCUCUAAAGUUAACAAGCUUAUUGGCAUUCUCAACGGGGUCAAACAUAUGCUUCCUUUUGACUCCCUUAAUUUCAUAGCAAAAAAAUUCAUUUCUCCCCAGUUUGCUAUACUGUGAUUUAGCUUGGAGUAUUACCUGCAAGUCGAAUUUACAGCGGCUAGAUGUGCUUUUGAAUAGAAUUUGGAGUAUUAUUCUCUGUGCUCCUACCAUGACGUCAUCAUCCAUUGUUCUGAAUUUACUGGGCUGGGUCACCUUGAUCACUGUGUGUGUCAGGCUGACGCGAUUUUCGCAUGAAAUGUAUGGUUUUUAAGUGUCUAGUGCAGGGGAUGUCCCGGAUUAUUUGUUUGAUGUGAACUGGAUGGGAAACCCAGGGUUUGUGAAGCACUCCAAGGUUUUGUUUAAAGCGUUAGGCCACUUUGAAUUAUUACGUGGCUCUUUCUAUUUCUGCGUUUUAUUCUGUGUUCGAUUUACAUUUUUAAUGAUUCUUUUACCCAGAAAAAAAUCUUUACGUACGUUAUAAAUACGGGAAAAAUGGUCAGAGAAGGUCAGAUUUCAGGAAAUAAACUUCUAAAGUGAUUUCACGAUGGUCCUGUCAACCUACGUUUAGACUUUUCUCCUUAGCAUUUCUGAAUAAUUUGUAUACUUAUGGAUUCAGCUAUGGUUAUGCCAACAUUAUAUGACUGGAGAAAAAAAUCCUUCAUUUACAACCAAAAGAAUCUUGCAAGAAGUGUGUAUUUUGAUAUUGCUGCAGCAAUACUUAAACGAAAUUUAAUAAUAAUUUCAUUAUUCAUAGGCUUGCUUGUAGUUUAGCUUAUUCUUCCCAUUGCGCACGAUACUUCAUAAUCGUGUUCCUGUGACCUGCGACGAGGACAUUUUAUUUCUAAAUACCACAGCAAAAAUAUAUGCUCAGUUGAUGUUUGUCAGGAUCUAUGCUUAUCCAAGAAGCUGUCUUUAGUUCGGAAUCUUACUAAUAACAAUACUUAAUUCGGUAUGGAUUGCAUAAAACAUAAAAAAUGAAAUUAUAAAACAUAAAACAAAUAUAAAACCUCAUACAAUUAAUUAGAUGCUAUAUGAUUUAUAAUGAAUUAUGUAAAUUUGACAUCACAUGUUUAGUUAUAAUUGUAAAUGGGAGAUGAAAAAUUUUAGAGUCCAUUUGACAUGUUUCAAGGAAUAUUCGAUUUAGUCAGGUUGUUGCUUCAUAUUAAUUAACGUUUUGUUAUCGGAUAGUAGUGUUUUACAUUUUGAUUUAGACCAUAAAAAUAUUAUCCCAUAAAAAUCCUUGUGGAGAAUAUCCACAUGUAUACAAACAUUUGCUCAAUUAUGCUCAAUAAUCAGCUGAAAAAUUAAUAUGCAUAGUUUAGAAUUCAGAUUGAGUGUAAUGAAACGUAUUGUGGUUUUUUAUUUUGUUAAUUGUUUCAAUUUUGUAUCAAGUCAGCAUUACAGAUAAAAAUAAUGUUUAAUUUUAAUUUUUUUAUAAUUACUAGCAGUGUUAAGAGAAGGGGAGAAAUUCGUUUUAAAAAGUUUGAGUUCAAUGCAGUGUUUGUCUUCGUAAAAGUAAGUUACAAAGCUUAAAGUUUAAUUUGCGGUGGCAGUUUAAACAAACGAUAACAUGCCUCCACUUUGGUAGUUAAGUUCCUAUAGUUCGUCACCAUCAGUUUCCCGCAAUCCCACCAUCUUCACGACUUUAACGUGUUACAGGAAAGCAAUCGUAUAUACACGUAUAAAGAUUUGCUAAAUAUUACAGAAAUAACGUGAUGUGUUGGCUGAAUAUAGAUAAUUAAAAGCGUAUCUAAUGACA